AUGACAGUAGUUAAGUUACUAGCCAGUCAUGCUAUCAAUGUGAGCGAGUCACUGAUUGGAGAACUUGUUGAAUUGAAGGCUAGAAUAGUGGACGAUGAGUGUUCUCCAUCAAAAACAAUCUUUUGGAUGGAUGUGGAAGAAGAAGUUGAUGUACUUCUUGAGUUACGUCAUUUGAGAUACGCUGAUGAGGUGUUUUUGGAGAUAUAUCAUAACAGGAUGAAUCCAAGCGAUGACCAUCCAAAUUGCCCUGUGGAAAUGAGAGGUUACUUGUCUCUCCUGUUCUACAGCAUCAACUAUGUCCCUGAGAUCUCACGUUGUUUGGAGCUCAUGGGCAGACUGAAUGAGCAUUUCGUCGAAAUGGCUGAUGAACAGAUUACCGUCAAUUUCGUGCUGCUCACAUCAGAACGAAGCUCUGCAUGGAAAAAGGGCCUUCAGAUUGUUCUGCAAGAACUACAAAGGCAUAUCAAAUAUGCUAUGAAAAAGUCGAAUCGCUCAUGGGCCCUUCGUUUUCAUGACAAAAUGUACAAAUCUGAAGACGAAAUUAGCGUCUUGAAUGGAGCAGUCGCAGCAACAGUUGUAGAUCUCGCUGACAUAAACGAUGGUGAUAUCGUUCUUGACAUGGCUUGUGACUGUGGAGAACUCACUCUUGAAGUCCUGCGAAACUGUGAUUGUUUCUGCAUCGCAAUGAGUCCAAAGAUUGAUCAACUAGCUAUGGCUGAAGUUAAUUGGGUUGGCCUCCAGAACCAGUUCAAGAAGGAAGCCGGUAAACGGGCAAGACAUUUACAGUUUAUAGCCGUAGAAUUUAACAAAGAUUUCUUCAACUUCAACGUCGUCAAUAAAAUACUAUGCAGUCUGCCUUUGAGAUGGUGGAAAACAAAAGGAGAGACUUUGGACUUGUACUACGACAAACUUUUUACUAUAAUUAGCAAGUGUCGGCAAGAAACUCAUUCCGUGCUGCUUAUACCUCUCAUGAAAGACCAUAAAAGGAGAGUGAAGGAGGCCAGCGCAUCUAGCAAAUACAACUUCCAGGCAAUGGUCUUCCGAGCGGAUGCGAAAGACGAACUUUUCGCCAAGAACCUUACUAUAUCAUUGGGACUAUUAAUACCAAACGCGCUAAUUCUGGCGAAGAGACUUCCGGGAGCGUCCCUUACUGCUCGUGCUUUACAAGUGACUAGCGGAAGUGUGCCCGUCAAUUUUCAUGAAUCGAAAUUCAAAGCCUAG